GUGUAGUUAAAACUCUGGCUUCUGUUAGUGACUUAAAUUUGAAAAAUGGAGACAACUGAGACUUUUAAAAAACGGCCAGGAACAACUGACAAAGGCAGAGAUUAUGAAGAUGUGGUUCUCGCCAAUGUCGUACUAAGACUAUUAAACGACCCCAGAGUAAAAACGUUCCACAUUUCAUCAAAUGAUGUUAAUUUUGGGGCGUUUGAUGACCUGGUUGUUAAACUUGCAUCAGAUGAAGGAGACAACAUUCAGGUUAAAGCGGUGCAGUUAAAACAUACCGAGAGGAAAGGACUCUCUCUAAAAAAUUUGCGAACCGUAAAAGGAGACUUCAGUAUUGGAAAGUACUUCAAAAGUUACCAAGAAAUUAAGCAAAAAAUAGAUGAAUUUAUUUUGUUCACAAACCGGCCGUUUAACCCUCCCGACAACGCAACAUUCCAACUUGAGGGCGAAGAAUUUUUCAUCAAGCUUAUUAAAAGAAAAGUUAGCUCAGACAUUUCAGAAAAUAUUAGUCACGUUUAUCAGUUUAAAAUAGUAGAUGAUCAAUCGACAGUGGAAAAGUAUCCUAGAAUUCAAGAAUAUCAGGAUUUUUUUCGCAAGUUUUUUCUCUAUACCGACCAAGAAAAUUGUGAUACUCUAAAAAGAAUAACCGCUAACAAAUUCAAGACUACAUAUUGUUCCGAUGACGAAACAUUCGGUAAAUUCCUCAAAACAGUUUCUGACUGGAACGUCCAAGAUGGGAAAAAAGAAAAGAUAGACAAAAAGUGGACGCAGCUGGUUCUUGCGCUACACCUUCUGUCCUCUCAUACUGAGUCUCUAUCUUUCGGUCCAGUUAAUAACAAAAUGAAAAUUUUUCGGGAGGCGAUUUCCUUCUUUGAUGUGACAGUGAUUGAAGAGGAAUCAGUCGAAACGGUUAAGCAACUGUGGGGUGAUGUCGGAAAGGAAAAAACUGUUGACUUUAAGGAAUUAAAUAAAGUUAGAAGGAGAUAUCUACCUACUCUCGCACAUAUUAAAGACAUCGACAUCGACACCGUAGAUCCCAAAGCGUUCACUCAACUGUUGUGGUUAAUGGACGAAUGUCCGUUAAUUUUACGUGAAUGGGAAAAGAUGAAAAAUAUAAUACAGCUGUGUCCCGACAAAAAAUUCGUUUUGGUUGGCGGAACUAAAGAUGAGGAAUGGAUGAAAAAUUCCGUCUUCCAAAAUCUGUCGAAUUUGAGUUUGCAUCCCGAAAUCCAUAAAAAUGUAAUGCAAAAUUUUACCAUUUCGAUUCAAGGAAAAGGCGAACUUGAUCUUGUAACAUCUUUUGGCAGUAAUGAAGAUUUUUUCAAAAAUGUUACAACUGAUAACCUUGUCGAAAUGGUCAACGGCACAUGUCGAAUAGGAGGGGUAAAUGAAACACUACCUGAACCUUAUAUAGAACGCUAUAUUUCGCGAAAUGUUGUUGAUAAUACAUAUUUGGAAAAAGUUCACGAAAAUACAAUUAUUAUUUUAAAUUGCGCGAAUAAUUUAGGUAAAGUGAAAAGCAAACUCGAUAAAUGUGAAUUAAUUGACAUUAAUAACUUCUUAUUGAAAAAAAAUCAGAAUGGCGAAAAUUUAACAAACAAUGAGUUUAACGUUAAUGAACCGGAUUUUGCUAACAAAAAUUACGUAGGUAACAGGAAAAAAAUUCAACUAAAUUCUAAUCUUAACGACAACAAAUUUAAAUUUAUGUUUGAUAAAUCAAGUUUUACCAACAAAGUUUAUGUUGGUACUAGACACUAUAAUGAUUCUGAACUUCAACAAAUUUAUGACGAGCACAAAAAAACAAAACAGUUUCAUUAUUUUAAAAUUUUGGACGAUGGAAAGUUAGAAUGGCUAUGUAGCAAUGGUGAUGUUAGUGAUGUAGAGGCUUACAAAUUGCCUGACGCAUAUCCUACCGAAGAAAAUGCCUUGUGGUCUUCUCGCUUAGACUAUAACAUCAAUCUCAUAAUUGGAGAUCCUGGAAUCGGUAAAAGUGAGUUAGUGAAAAGCUUAAAAAAUAAAUGUCCUCGCGAAAAUUGGACAGUUUUGAUCAGUCCCAAGGACGUUAAUUUAUUUUUUCACAAACCCAAUUUUUCUAAAACAGAUAACUGUUCAGAUUUAUUUACAAAUUUCAUUACAAAUAAAAAAUAUGAGUCGCUUAAUAAACUCGACCUAAUGUUUUUCGAGAUGUGUGUAAAGGAAAACAACGUAAUUUACGUGUGGGACGCACUCGAUGAAAUCUUAAAUGAUAAUUUAAAUGCCGCUUUAAAUAUAAUUCUCCAUCUUUCAACAAAAGGGUUCCGUCAGUGGGUUACAAGCAGAAGACAUUUAAAAUCAAAUCUAGAAAAAAAAUUCAAUUUGUUGUCACUUAGUAUAAAUCAAUUCAACGAACGAGAACAAGAAAAAUAUAUCAGAAAACGUCUAGAAUCUUUUAAUUUAAAGACCAGCAUGGACGUAACGCUCGAAAAAAUCAAAUCGUUUUUUGCCAUUGUAGAACACAUAGAUAUAUUAGGUAUCCCUCUGCAAAUAUUCAUGCUUACCGAUCUGUUCCGUGAAAAUAGCGAAAAAUAUUUGAAACUUAUGGAUAACACAUUCGUCUUGACUGACCUUUACGAAUAUUUUAUUCAGGAAAAAUUUAAUAACUUUUACAAAUACAAAAAAGGAUACGAUUUAGAAAAUCCCCAAUUGGAAUAUGAAAUCUGUGAAAAAUUACGAAAAGCUUCAAAGUAUUACGAAAGUGUGUCCUUUAGAGUAAUAUUUGGUGAAGAAAUUUUGCAACGACUGAAAAUUAAUUACGAAAAAUGCGCACAAAAACUUUUACGAAGCUAUGCCUCUCUGGGACUUAUAAAUGACUUUCAAAAUGACGUUCCACGUUUUGUGCACAGUUCGUUCGCUGAAUAUCUAGUUGCUAGAUACUUUUCAAAAAAUAUUAAUAAUUUUAAAGAUCAAAUUGGUGACCUGUUGUUUGUCGCAAGGUAUAAUAACGUCCGAUUCUUUUUUGAUAUGUUAUUGGCUAAAAACUCAAGAGCUCACAUUGCCGUAUUGUAUAAACAUUACGAGUUGCUUAAAUUGUACGAUGACGAAAUUUUAAAUCGCAGAGAUAGAGGUGGCAGAAGUGCCUUACAUUUGAUAUCAUCAUGGGGGCAAAGACAUCCGCGUGUAAAUGUAACGCGUGUACUGAACAAGUGUAUCGUGCACGAAAAUAGCAAUUUCGAUAGAAAACCCGAAACCAAAAUAUACUUUGAAACGAUGACGUAUUUGCAAGGAAAGAACGAUUCUGGCGAACGUGAUAUGUUGUUAAAUGCGACUCCGUUGUUUUAUGCCCUAAAAAGUGAGAGCCUAGCAGCACAACUGGAAUUACUUCAAACAAAAAAAGAUGAAUUUAGACAAUCUCGCGAUGACUUAAUUAAUGUUAUAUAUUACUCUGCUUUACUGGGUUACGGCAACCUAUGUAAACACCUCACAGUGGAAGACUUGCACAGUUUUUUGAGAGAAGUAGAAAUUAUUACUGCAGAAAAUGCUGAAACACCUCUGUGGCUGGCCUGUCGAAAUGGUAAUUUAAAAAUCGUUGAGUAUUUUGUAAGAUUUGGUAUCGACAUCAAUUUUGUUACUACAUUGGGUGAGACACCACUUUACAUAGCUUCACAAAACGGUCACGAAAAAGUUAUCGAAUACUUGGCGACAGUCGGAGCUGAAAUCAAUCGCGCUCAGAACGAUGGUGCGACACCACUUCACAUAGCCUCACAAAACGGUCACGAAAGAGUUGUCGAAUACUUGGCGACAGUUGGCGCCGAAAUCAAUUGCGCUGAAGAAAACGGUGUGACACCACUUCUCGUAGCUUCACAAAACGGUCACGAUAAAAUUGUGGAAUACUUGGCGACAGUCGGCGCCGACAUCAAUCGCGCAAUAAAUAAGGGUGCGACACCACUUUAUAUAGCUUCACAAAACGGUCACGAAAAAGUUGUCGAAUACUUGGUGGCAGUCGGAGCUCAAAUCAAUCGCGCUCAGAACGAAGGUGCGACACCACUUCACAUAGCUUCACAAAACGGUCACGAAAAAGUUGUCAAACACUUGAUGACAGUCGGCGCCGAAAUCAAUAGCGCUGAGAAUAACGGUGCAACGCCACUUCACAUAGCUUCCGCAAAUGGCCACGAAAAAGUUGUCCAGUACUUGGCGACAGUCGGCGCCGACAUCAAUCGCGCAAUGAAUAAGGGUGAGACACCGCUUUACAUAGCUUCACAAAACGGUCACGAAAAAGUUGUGGAAUGCUUGACCAAAAUCGGCGCCGAAAUUAAUUGCGCUGAAGAAAACGGUUGGACACCACUUCACAUAGCUUCACAAAACGGUCACGAAAAAGUUGUCAAACACUUGACGACAGUCGGCGCCGAAAUCAAUAGCGCUGAGAAUAACGGUGCAACGCCACUUCACAUAGCUUCCGCAAAUGGCCACGAAAAAGUUGUCCAGUACUUGGCGACAGUCGGCGCCGACAUCAAUCGCGCAAUGAAUAAGGGUGAGACACCGCUUUACAUAGCUUCACAAAACGGUCACGAAAAAGUUGUGGAAUGCUUGACGAAAAUCGGCGCCGAAAUUAAUUGCGCUGAAGAAAACGGUUGGACACCACUUCACAUAGCUUCACAAAACGGUCACGAAAAAGUUGUCAAACACUUGACGACAGUCGGCGCCGAAAUCAAUAGCGCUGAGAAUAACGGUGCAACGCCACUUCACAUAGCUUCCGCAAAUGGCCACGAAAAAGUUGUCGAGUACUUGACGACAGUCGGCGCCGAAAUCAAUCGCACUAACAUUGACGGUGCGACACCACUUCACAUAGCUUCCCAAGAAGGUCACGAAAGAGUUGUCGAAUACUUGGCGACAGUUGGCGCCGAAAUCAAUUGCGCUGAAGAAAACGGUGUGACACCACUUCUCGUAGCUUCACAAAACGGUCACGAUAAAAUUGUGGAAUACUUGGCGACAGUCGGCGCCGACAUCAAUCGCGCAAUAAAUAAGGGUGCGACACCACUUUAUAUAGCUUCACAAAACGGUCACGAAAAAGUUGUCGAAUACUUGGUGGCAGUCGGAGCUCAAAUCAAUCGCGCUCAGAACGAAGGUGCGACACCACUUCACAUAGCUUCACAAAACGGUCACGAAAAAGUUGUCAAACACUUGAUGACAGUCGGCGCCGAAAUCAAUAGCGCUGAGAAUAACGGUGCAACGCCACUUCACAUAGCUUCCGCCCAAGGCCACGAAAAAGUUGUCGAAUACUUGGCGACAGUUGGCGCCGAAAUCAAUCGCACUAACAUUGACGGUGCGACACCACUUUACAUAGCUUCCGCCCAAGGCCACGAAAAAGUUGUCGAAUACUUGGCGACAGUCGGCGCCGAAAUCAAUCGCGCUGACAUUGUAGGUGCGACACCACUUUACAGAGCUUCCGCCGAAGGCCACGAAAAAGUUGUCGAAUACUUGGCGACAGUCGGCGCCGAAAUCAAUCGCGCUGAAAAAAACGGCUGGACACCACUUCACAUAGCUUCACAAAACGGUCAUGAAAAAGUUGUCGAAUGCUUGACGACAGUCGGCGCCGAAAUCAAUCGCGCUGACAUUGUAGGUGCGACACCACUUUACACAGCUUCCGCAAAUGGCCACGAAAAAGUUGUCGAAUACUUGGCGACAGUCGGCGCCGAAAUUAAUUGCGCUAAAAAAAACGGUUUCACACCACUUCUCAUAGCUUGCGGAGAAGGUCACGAAAAAGUUGUCGAAUACUUGGCGACAGUCGGCGCCGAAAUCAAUCGUGCUGAGAAUAACGGUGCAACGCCACUUCACAUAGCUUCCGCUCAGGGCCACGAAAAAGUUGUCGAAUACUUGGCGACAGUCGGCGCCGAAAUCAAUCGCGCUGACAUUGUAGGUGCGACACCACUUUACACAGCUUCCUUCAGCGGUCACGAAAAAGUUGUCGAAUACUUGGCGACAGUUGGCGCCGAAAUCAAUCACGCUAAAAAUGACGGUGCGACACCGCUUUACAUCGCUUCACAAAAGGGUCACGAAAAAGUUGUCCAAUGCUUGACGAGAGUCGGCGCCGAAAUUAAUUGCGCUAAAGAAAACGGUUUCACACCACUUCUCACAGCUUGCGGAGAAGGUCACGAAAAAGUUGUCGAAUACUUGGCGACAGUCGGCGCCGAAAUCAAUCGUGCUGAGAAUAACGGUGCAACGCCACUUCACAUAGCUUCCGCUCAGGGCCACGAAAAAGUUGUCGAAUACUUGGCGACAGUCGGCGCCGAAAUGAAUCGCGCUGACAUUGUAGGUGCGACACCACUUUACACAGCUUCCGCAAAUGGCCACGAAAAAGUUGUCGAAUACUUGGCGACAGUCGGCGCCGAAAUCAAUCGCGCUGAUAAUGAGGGUUGGACAUCACUUCUCAUAGCUUCCGCCCAAGGCCACGAAAAAGUUGUCGAAUACUUGGCGACAGUCGGCGCCGAAAUCAAUUGCGCUGAUAACCAGGGUUUUACACCACUUUACGUAGCUUCACAAAACGGUCACGAAAAAGUUGUCGAAUGCCUGACGACAGUCGGCGCCGAAAUCAAUCGCGCUGAGAAUAACGGUGUAACGCCACUUCACAUAGCUGCCGUCCAAGGCCACGAAAAAGUUGUCGAAUACUUGGCGACAGUCGGCGCUGAAAUCAAUCGCACUAACAUUAACGGUGCGACACCACUUUACAUAGCUUCCGCAAAAGGUCACGAAAAAGUUGUCGAAUGCUUGGCGACAGUCGGCGCCGAAAUCAAUCGCGCUGAGAAUAAAGGUGCAACGCCACUUCACAUAGCUUCCGCCCAAGGCCACGAAAAAGUUGUCAAAUACUUGGCGACAGUCGGGGCUGAAAUCAAUCGCACUAACAUUGACGGUGCGACACCACUUUACAUAGCUUCCGCAAAAGGUCACGAAAAAGUUGUCGAAUACUUGGCGACAGUCGGCGCCGAAAUUAAUCGCGCUGACAUUGUAGGUGGGACACCACUUUACAUAGCUUCAUACCAAGGUCACGAAAAAGUUGUCGAAUACUUGGCGACAGUCGGCGCCGAAAUUAAUCGCGCUGACAUUGUAGGUGGGACACCACUUUACAUAGCUUCAUACCAAGGUCACGAAAAAGUUGUCGAAUACUUGACGACAGUCGGCGCCGAAAUCAAUCGCACCCAAAAUGACGGUUGGACACCACUUCACAUAGCUUCACAAAGUGGUCACGAAAGAGUUGUAGAUUACUUGGUGACAGUCGGCGCCGAUAUUAAUGGCGCUAACAAUGACGGUGCGACACCACUUUACAUAGCUUCAGAAAAAGGUCACGAAAAAGUUGUCGAAUACUUGACAACAGUUGGUGCCGAAAUCAAUCGCGCUACGAAUGACGGUGCGACACCACUUUACAUAGCUUCCGCCCAAGGCCACGAAAAAGUUGUCGAACAUUUGGCGACAGUCGGCGGCGAAAUCAAUCGCGCUGAGAAUAACGGUGUAACGCCACUUCACAUAGCUUCCGCCCAAGGCCACGAAAAAGUAGUCGAAUACUUGGCGACAGUCGGCGCCGAAAUCAAUCGCUCUGAAAAAAACGGUGUUACACCACUUCAUAUAGCUUCUUUGAACGGUCACGAAAAAGUUGUCGAAUGCUUGGCGACAGUCGGCGCCGAAAUCAAUCGCGCUUGGUAUAACGGUGCAACGCCACUUCACAUAGCUUCCGCCCAAGGCCACGAAAAUGUUGUCGAAUACUUGGCGACCGUCGGCGCCGAAAUCAAUCGCACUAACAUUGACGGUGCGACACCACUUUACAUAGCUUCCGCAAAAGGCCGCGAAAAAGUUGUCGAAUACUUGGCGACAGUCGGCGCCGAAAUCAAUUGCGCUAACAUUGUAGGUGCGACACCACUUUACAUAGCUUCCGCCCAAGGCCACGAAAUAGUUGUCAAAUAUUUGGCGACAGUCGACGCCGAAAUCAAUCGCGCUAUGAAUAACGGUCAAACACCACUUUACAUAGCUUCACAAAACGGUCACGAAAAAGUUGUCGAAUACUUGACGACAGUCGGAGCCGAAAUCAAUCGCGCCAAUAAAGACGGUGUGACACCACUUUCCAUAGCUUCAUACCAAGGUCACGAAAAAGUUGUCGAAUACUUGGCGACAGUCGGAGCCGAAAUCAAUCGCACUCUUAAUGACGGUCGAACACCACUCGACAUAGCUUCCGAAAAAGGUCACCAAAAAAUUGUAGAAUAUUUAACAAAAGCCGGCGCUCAAACCGGGCAUGAUUCCUUUAGAAGGAAAGAAGGAAUAAACUUCCCCAAACUGUCCAGAUGCACUUUAAUAUAGUAAACAGAAUGUUCUUGUUUGAAAAUCGUGUAUCAUUAAACUGGACGAGGCAUGAAAAACAAUGUCUAAAAACUAACCUAGUUAUAUCCUAAGGAAUCUGAAAAAAAAGUGCAGUUUAUUCCGAAGUUUUUAAUUAAUUUAAAUAGUAAUUUAACGUCUGUAAAUUGUUAUCCGGAAAAAUAAUAGCUAUAUGUUUUAUUUUGAAAGUAAAUAGCACUAAUUUAAAUAUUUGGGACAUAUAAAACGAUUCAAACUUAUGGUCUACCCGGACAAAUGUAGUCACUCAUUCCAGUAUCCUUGAUUAUAAGUUGCCACGUUAACUGACAAAUAAAACGUUAUAUUUACUUAUUGAAAAUUUUUCUACAUCACUUCAUUACUUUUGCUUGGUCUUCUGGUCACGAGUGAUUACAAAAUAUUCCCUAAUUUCAACUAAUUUGUAACUCCAAUAAAAAAUUGUAAUCGAUUAUCAUCUCUGUAGCUAAAAAUGUUAAAUUUAAUUGCACCUUAAUUUUUGGACGUUAUUAAUGUUGCUUACAAUCACCGAUAAAACAAAAUUUUUGUGAAAAGCAUACAUAAUAAUUGUGUUUUCUCUAUUAUUGAAUAAAAAGAACGCGAUGCAUGGUACCGUUUAGUAUUAUCUACAAAUUUCCUGAAUCGAUUUGUAAGAAUAUUAUUGAACACAAGGAAAUGACAAUACCACUACUAAGAAAGGGAGAUAAUUUUAGGACCCCUUUCUUCCAGGACAGCUUAAAUUAUUAGUUGCAAAUAAAUAAUUCAGUUUAGUUAUAUAAUUUACUUUUCUAAGUAUAUUACGAAAUCCAACACAUUGCUGCGAAAUAACGAAGGUAACAAAAUAAAUAGAAAAUUCCCACAAAUAUCAAAAUUCUAUAAAUUGAUGUAACGAUUGUAGUUCGAAUACAAGACUAAAAUUACCAAAAUGGGACAAUGUUUCGAUGAUUCUCUAUUGUGUUGACAGACAAAUCACCGGAAAUUGACCAAGUACUUAGGAGCUUUAGCAAUUAGCGACCCAAUUUUAAGCAAUCAACGACAUUUCUCACAGAGUUCAUAAACAUCCAGUCAUGUCGUCAUAACACUGGGAGACCGCCCUGGGGGAUUUUUUUCUUCCAAGUGUAAUACACGGAAAAGUAUUCCAAAAAUGUAGAACGCCUUCUUUUGUGUUGUACAAAAUCUGUGACAGAAGAAACAUGGUCUCAACGGAGUUUGGACGAAUAUUUUUUCUUCCGAAGAAAUGGAAUCAUUCUAAAACGUUUGUUUUAGAAGAAGAGUUCAACAAUCUAUUAAAAAAAAAAAAAUGAAAUUUCACAAUCGUCUUCGAAAAGCAUGACAAAUGUUUUUUGGUUUUGACGUGACAAGUGCACAACAUAAAGUUUUGAGGCUUGGUCUGGACAAAUUUUCUGAUGAAGAAGUUCGGAAGGAUCACCAAAAUAAUCCAUGAUUUUUCUACUUGGUUUCCGCGUUGGGAAUCGUCUUCGAAACGCAUGAAAAAUAUUAGGGAUUUUGGAAAUUGGCAGAGGAAUCGAAGGAGAACCUAUAGUCAAAACCUCCCAUCAGUCUAGUCCGAAAGAAAAUAAAACAUGUAAACAAAAGUAUCCUAGUGAAAAUGUAAAAUAUAUAUAUAUAUAUAUAUAUAUAUAUAUAUCUUUACAUAGUGGUAGAAUUAUGUUAAAAAACAUAUUCGAAACAUAUCUGUUUUUUUUUCUGAUUUUAGUAACAACUGUACUGCCAUGUUUAUUAAAUUUAUUAUAAUUACA